AAAAACCUCAAAUCGGGGGUCUUGAGGCGUCUCCCCACUCCCUUCUCUCUCUCUCUCUCUCUCUCUCUCUCUUAUCUUCAUCGUCUCUCUUCCCGUGAUUUCUCCACGAAGAACCAUCGGCGGCCAAAGAUCAACGCGCGGUUGAAAGCACAACCGUCACCAUGGCGUCUCAUUAGCACUACUGCUCCAAAUUCGCUCCGUCAAAGAAUCAAGAUUAGGGAUUUUGAGGUUAGGGUUGGGAGAGUAGCACGUUCGGAUUUGUUGAAGAUUUGUGUUGGGUUGGCGCAAACAGUGAUGAAAACCCAGUGAAAAAAUAGGAGAAAAUCAAAGGAAACAUUAGAGAGAAAGGAAUUCCCGAGAGAUUCUUAUUGAAGACAGAGGAGAGGAAGAAGCGCAAGUUGGGAGUUGAAGUUCAAGAAUAUUAAUUGAAUUUCAUCAAAGCAGAGGGCCACUUCCUCCUGGUGGCAUGGAGGAAGCUUCAAGUGCUGCAUCAUCAGAUGGGCGUGAUGAAGAAUACGAGGAAGAUUAUGAUGAGGCUGGUGGUGGAAAUCGACUUUUAGGGUUUAUGUUUGGCAAUGUUGAUUGCUCUGGUGGUCUUGAUGUUGACUACCUUGAUGAGGAUGCAAAGGAGCAUCUUGCUGCUUUGGCUGACAAGCUGGGCCCUUCUCUUACGGAUAUUGAUUUGACAAAGUCAUCUCCAGCACCAACAGACAUUUCUGAACAAGAUUAUGAUGAGAAGGCUGAAGAUGCUGUUGACUAUGAAGACAUUGAUGAACAGUAUGAUGGCCCAGAAACACAAUCCGCUACUGAAGAAGAUCACUUGCUGCCAAAGGGGAACUACUUUUUGUCAGAUACUACUGUAGCUAUUUUGAAUCAAAAGGAUUCAGUGUUUGAUGAGGAAAACUAUGAUGAGGAUGAGGAACUUGUCAAGGAAGAUGCCGUAGCUGGAUAUGUUGAACCUUCAUCUGCAGGCCCUCAGGAGGAUUUAGUCCCUGUGAAAGGUGUGGCUCCUGAUGACAUUGCACCUACUGAGUCCGCAGAUGCUGAACAUAUGUCCUUUGAGUUGGAAGAUUUUCAGGUACAUUCUGUCUCUGCGCAAGACCAGGCUGAUUCAAGACGUGAGAUUUCGCUUCCUGUGUUGUGUGUAGAGGAUGGAAUGUCGAUUUUGAGGUUCUCUGAGAUUUUUGGUGUUCAUGAGCCCUUGAAAAGAGCUGAGAAGAAGGAACAUCGCAGACAUUUUUUGAGUAGAGAGCGGGUCAAGAAGAUGGAUUUUGGUGACUUGAAUCUUAGAUCAGCUUUAGUUGAUGGUGAUGGUGAUGUUGAAGAGGCAGCGUCAGAUGCUGAUAAGGAUACAACAGACUUGUGCAUAUGUGCUCAACCAAUGAAAGACCUCACUAGCACUGAAACAACUACAGUGCAAUUGUCUUCCUUCUGUCCUAACUUUUAUCCUCUUGAUCAGGAUGACUGGGAAGAUAGAAUACUUUGGGGGAAUUCACCCCCUUCUGCUAGUGCAGCAAGCUGUGUGAUAUCUGAGCAUGAGGAUGAACCUAAUGAUGCUGACCUAGGUGAAUCUGAUCGAUAUAAUGUUCAGCUGGUUGAGAAGGACGAUGGUAUAGCUAAUGAUCCUGUUUUAGUGGAUUCAUUUGGCUCUUUAAACCCGUCACCAGCAACCUAUCUUCGACCUUCUGAAGGAAGUUAUCAACCUCAAUUAGUGAGAUUAGAAUCUUCUUUUAAGAAGACUCAAUUAAGGACAGAAGAUGGGAGUGCGGAAUGUCCUAAUCAAAAUGUCUUGGAGCGUUUUGACCGGCUCUCAUUGAUGAACAAGGACUUUUUGGAAGGCUCCUGGUUGGACCAAGUUAUCUGGGACCCAGAGGAAUCUAUUCCAAAACCAAAGCUUAUUCUUGAUCUUCAGGAUGACCAAAUGCUGUUUGAAGUUUUAGACAAUAAGCACAGUGAGCAUCUUCUUUCUCAUGCAGGUGCCAUGUUAAUCACUCGUCCUUCAAAAACUUCAACAGGAGACUGCAUUGAUCUUCAUAGCCAGGGAAUGGCGUCUGUUGGUCGAUUUAAUAUCUCUAAUGACAAAUACUAUUCAAACCGUAAGACUUCUCAACAAGCAAAAUCGCACAAUAAAAAGCGUGUCUCACACGGAAUCAAGGUCAUGCAUUCAGUACCUGCUUUGAAACUUCAAACCAUGAAGCCCAAGUUGAGCAAUAAGGAAAUUGCCAAUUUUCAUAGGCCGAAGGCACGUUGGUAUCCUCAUGAAAAUUCAGCUUUUGCGAAGUCACAUCGAACACUAGGUUCCCAUGGAACAAUGAAGAUCAUAUUGCUAAGUUUGGGAGGGAAAGGAAUUAAACUUCAUGUUGAAGCAGGCGAAACUCUGUCAUCUGUUAAGUCAAAAGCUUCCAAAAAAUUAGAAUUCCGAUCAACUGAGAAGGUGAAAAUAAUAUAUUCUGGAAAGGAACUUGAGGAUGACAAGUCUCUAGCCACACAAAAUGUGCAGCCUAAUUCUGUACUUCAUGUUGUGCGGACAAAGAUUCAUCUAUGGCCUAAGGCUCAAAAGUUACCGGGUGAAAAUAAGCCUUUGCGACCUCCUGGGGCAUUUAAGAAAAAGUCUGAUCUUUCUGUUAAAGAUGGACAUGUCUUCCUAAUGGAGUAUUGUGAGGAGAGACCUUUACUUUUAGGAAAUGCUGGUAUGGGAGCUAGACUCUGCACUUAUUAUCAAAAGUUUGCAUCUGGUGAUCAGACCUUGUCAAGUUUGCGAAACGGUAACCAUGGCAUGGGCAGUUUGCUCACCCUUGACCCAGCUGACAAAUCUCCUUUUCUCGGAGAUAUUGGUCCUGGUUGCAGUCAGUCAUGUAUUGAAACAAAUAUGUAUCGUGCACCUGUGUUCCAGCACAAGUUAUCAUCUACAGACUAUAUUCUGGUUCGUUCAGCAAAAGGAACACUUUCUCUUCGACGGAUAGACAAAUCAUAUGUUGUUGGACAACAAGAACCUCAUAUGGAAGUUCUUUCUCCUGGGACAAAAAAUGUUCAGACAUAUCUUGUCAAUAGGAUGCUUGCCCACGUCUACCGUGAGUUCCGGGCCAAAGAGAAGCCUGGUUCCAUUCCUUACAUUCGAGCAGAUGAGUUGGCUAUGCAAUUUCCUGGUCUGACUGAUGCUUUUGUAAGAAAGCGAUUGAAACAGUGUGCAGAUUUUAAGAGAGGUGCAAAUGGCCAUUUGUUAUGGGUGAAGAGAAGGGAUUUUCGUAUUCCAUCGGAAGAGGAAUUGAGGAGAAUGAUGACUCCAGAGAGUGUUUGUUCUUAUGAGAGUAUGCAAGUGGGGCUUUACCGGCUCAAACACUUGGGUAUCAGUAGGCUUACUCACCCUGUUGGACUUUCCUCUGCAAUGAACCAGCUUCCUGAUGAAGCCAUUGCCCUGGCUGCUGCAUCACACAUUGAGAGGGAGCUGCUGAUCACUUCAUGGAAUCUUAGUAGCAAUUUUGUUGCUUGCACAAAUCAAGAUCGAGAAAAUCUCGAACGCUUGGAGAUAACUGGUGUUGGUGAUCCGUCUGGUCGUGGUUUGGGAUUUAGUUAUGUCCGUGUGUCUCCCAAGGCACCAAUUUCAGGUGCAAUGGUGAAAAAGAAAGCUGCUGCUGCACGAGGAGGUUCAACAGUUACUGGAACUGAUGCUGACCUCCGCAGAUUAAGCAUGGAUGCUGCACGGGAGGUUCUCGUAAAGUUCAAAGUGCCAGAAGAACAGAUUGAAAAGUUGACUAGGUGGCACCGGAUAGCCAUGGUACGCAAACUUUCAAGUGAGCAAACUGCAUCGGGGGUUAAGGUUGAUGCAAUGGCGCUCAGUAAAUUUGCACGUGGCCAGCGAAUGUCAUUUCUUCAGCUUCAGCAGCAAGCUAGAGAGAAAUGCCAAGAAAUAUGGGAUCGACAAGUUCAAAGUCUUACUGCUGCUGAUGGUGAGGAUAACGAUAGUGAUUCUGAAGCAAACAGUGAUCUAGAUUCAUUUGCUGGCGAUCUAGAAAAUUUGCUUGAUGCUGAAGAAUUUGAGGAGGAAGUGCAUGCAUAUUCUAAAGGAGAUAAACCAGAUGGUGUUAGGGGGCUUAAAAUGAGGAGAUGCCCUUCUCAGGCUCAAACAGAAGAGGAAAUUGAAGAUGAUGAAUUGGAAGCUGCAGUUAUGCGCAAAUUGCUUGAUGAUGAUGAUGCUGAGAUAAAGAAGAAGAAGCCCACCACCACCAUAUUCCAUAAUUCUCACCAAGGGAGUGGAGGAUGGCAAAUGAUGAAUGCACUCCACCUUGAUGCCCCCAACUCCAAAGAAAUUACAAUGCAUGAUUUUUAUGAGGGUGAUAGGUUUCUUUCCGAGAGUAAUGCAUCUGUGAAAGUCAAAAGCAAGAAGGCUUAUGAGAAGAAUGACGAUAUAUUCUUAACGAAGAAGAAAAGUGCAUCAGCUAAAGAUGGGCUUAAGGUUUUCAAGGAAAAGAAACCAACUGACAAACCUGUAAGAGAGAGUUUUGUCUGUGGAGCUUGUGGACAGCUUGGACACAUGAGGACCAAUAAAAACUGCCCAAGGUACGGAGAAGAUGUGGAAACUUCUGAACUGGAAGGUGUCUCGGGUAGACAUAAUCGUUCCGACUCUGCAGCUCAAGUUCAACUCAAGACUGCUGGUAUGAAGUUAGCAUCCAAGGGGACUUUCAAAAUAAGCCAGGCAGAAGCAGCUCAAAAUGUUGAGCGGACAGGAUCUAAAUCUCAAGCAAAAACCCCGUCCCUCAAGUUCAAAUGUGGCCAACCUGAGAAAUCAUAUGAUAAGAAUUUGUCUGAAACUCAGACUUCGGAUAGGCAGAAUUUUGCUGAUGCAGAAGUGGAGCCUAAACCAUCUGGAAAGAUUAAUAAAAUCAAAUUCUCAAAUAAAUUGAAGUCAGAUGACACUCAGCAUGAACUACAGAAAUCAUCUUCCUUAAUAAUACGUCUGCCUGAGAAAGACCAAUCUCACAAAAGAAUUGUUAUCAAGCAGUCAAAAGGAUCGACUAGUGCUGAGCACAGCAAGCAGUCUGUCGACUCUGGGUUUGAUCGUGAGUCCAGGAAGAUGAAGAAAAUAGCUGAGCUAUCAAGUUUUGAUGGACAAAGACAACAAGGAAACCAGUGGGCUGUCAAGCAGGAGACUCUGCGUGACAGAAGAAUGUGGGAUGAUGAACAUAAAAAAGGAAAGAGAGUGAGGAUUGAGGAAGAGAGAAGUGGGUGGAUGCUUGACAAGAGCAGAAGUGUGCAAGAACAACAAAGAUUUUCUGAUAGAAGAUAUGCGGGAGCUAUCCAGGAGGAACUGCAAAAGGCAAAAAAGAAAAAAAAGAAAAAGAAAAAGCAUGAUUUUAGGGAUGAAUAUUUGCUGGAUCAUAGGUCAUACAGAAAUGACAGAAGGUUACCUGAAAGGGACCGAGCAGCAAAGCGACGGGCUAUUGUUGAUCUGGAAAAAUCAGAAUAUGCUUCAUCAACGAAACGACGGCGAGGAGGAGAGGUUAUUUUGUCCAACAUAUUGCAGAGUAUAAUAGAUAGUUUGAAAGAGAACAUGGAGGUCUCAUAUUUGUUCAUUAAACCUGUGACAAAGAAAGAAGCACCCGACUACUUCAACAUCAUCAAACGGCCAAUGGAUCUCUCCAGCAUCAGAGAUAAGGUCCGAAACUUGGAGUACAAGAACCGAGAGGAUUUCAGGCAUGAUGUUUGGCAGAUCACUUAUAAUGCGCACAGGUACAAUGACGGUCGGAACCCUUCCAUUCCACCACUUGCUGAUCAGCUUCUUGAGCUCUGUGAUUACCAUUUGGAACAGAGGCACAGGGAAUUGAGUGAUGCUGAAGGUGGAAUCUGAGAAGAAUUGUACAAAUAUUUUCAAAUCUAUUGAGUUAAUCUAAAUGAAUUUUUGCUGUAAUUAGUUGUAGAAAUAUUAGUGAUAGGCAUCUUCCAAAAUCUGUAAAGGCCUUUAUUAAAAGCUGAUUUAAUUUA